UCCGAGAAGAAAAACAGCCUACAGUACGUUAUUCAGCUUUUGUAUUUCUUACAAUAAUAAAUACAAUAUGAUUUACUACUUAGCUAGUCUUGAGUUACAUAUUGGUAAGCUCAAUAAAAAAAAUCAGUUUAUUAGCUUUCAAUUUAUAUACGAAAUGGUCGAACGUUGCAUUUUCAUCUUUCUACUGGUUCAUUCAUGGAAUUUAUUUCAAAAACCAUCCAAUCAAAGCUGAAAAUUAUGGUUCUCGAAAACAUCCCUGUAGGCUGGGAUGGUGAUAAAGCUCGAUAACAACUCAAACAUAAACCGACAAUAAGUUCACCUAUCGAUCGUGAGAAUUGGCGGGGAACGAAAAUGAAAGAGAUGGGAAUGUGUCAAUAGUAGGUAGCAUCAGAUAACUCAACAGACCAAUAAAGGAAGUACUUAUUAAAGAUGAAAAUGUCAUUGAGACUAUUUCGAAACAAAACAGAAGUGUCGCCCAGUUUUGAUCUAGGAGUUAAAACAUUGGCAGAAGACUUAAGGGGGCAUUUCAACUGACCUCUAACCAGCCUUCAGUAAUCGUUUAUCUCCAAUCAACCUGAAUGGCAAAUUGACACAAGUCCUCCAACUGUUGAAAAGGCAUUGGGUCAUUUAAAUCGAGAGAGAGCAGCAAACCCUAACGGCUUGAUCUGGGAGAUUUUCAAGGAAGAUGGUCAAACUUUUAGCUGUUAGGUUGAGUGAGAUAUUAGCUAGAUUUUAGAAACGGAGUUGUCCCGUCUCAACCUCUGAACCUUCAGUCUGUAAGAAAGAACAAAACACCUAUUGCAAUAACCAGAGAGUAAUCCGUUUGACUAAUACAGAGUCUAAAAAAUUAGCUUCGAUGGUCCAACAUUUAUAUGGAGCUUGAGGAAAUCAGUCUGCUUUUAGGCCCGGACGUAGUCGUACUGACCAGAUAUCCGCUCCUAGACUUUAGCUAAUAUCUCAAUCUACAGACCACAAUCCUAAUUACCUAUUUGCUCAUGUUACAGAGAAUUGACUUAUAAUCUUAUCAAGCAUACCAGGACCGUAUCUGAUUUAAUUGCAUAUUAAUGUCAUAUGGAAAUUCAGGUUUCUGUAAAUUCAUAGUUUUUCGGUGAAGUCCUUUCAAUGUACGAAAAUCUGAUAUACGAAUUUUUAUCUCUUGUAUAAAAUUAUCCAGCGAGUCAAUAGAACGUUGUAUUACUUCUAAUCAUGACUCUUGUAUACGAUGGCUUAUCUCAGUGUAUCAGAAAGAAUAUAACUGACUGUAUCCGUACUUUUUCAAUAUGUCCCAUUGUUAGUCAGUCAAAAGCUACCUGUAAAUGAAUCAUUCGAAGCAGUAAAAAGAUGUUUCAUCAUAGAUCCUUAGAUUCAGUUGACUUCAUUUGACCGGUUUUAAAAUCAAAUGUGAAACUUUUAUGUAUGAUGCUAACUAUAUUACUACUUAGCUAUUGAUUCAUAAUCAAAUAAUCCACAUUUCUUAAUGUAUGUUAAUUUGCCCUACAACGAUAUCAUUUAGCAUUAUUGUUACUAAUAAUCGAUAGAUUUUUCACAUACUGCCCAAUUGUUUGCUUCUUUUUUAUCUUUUAGUUGCUUCACGUUAUUUGGAAAAAGCAAAUACUAUCCAUCGAUCUGUAGGUGAAGUGUUUGGAUUAUACUUGCUUUAUAACAUCUUAGGCUUCAUCUGUAAGAGAAAAGCCGAUCAAUGAAAGACAAAACAGUUCUAUUGUGAAGCGGCAAUCGUCUCCGAAAUUUGGAGUCAAUGUAUCGAGUGCUCGGCUAGUAAUUGAUGAUUCAAUUGCUUCUGCAAUUCACUCACAUGAUAAUAUGGGACAUGGUAGUGUAAUUGAACAUACUUCUGGUUCAUUAACCUUGGAUAAUCCUGUAAAAAAGUUCAAUGAAUUAGAUGUCGAUUCAUUGUCUGAUAUAUCAUUAGCUGCAUAUACUGUUUGGACAUUGUUUCAACGUUAUACAUCACAUUAUAUUGUGAAUAAAGUAGAAUGUGAUUAUGUUAAAAUAGUUGAUCUGUUAAAUCGCAUAAAAUCUACACGCGAAGAAAUUAUCCGCUUACGUAAAACAAAACACGACUGGGAAAACUGGUUUCAAUCAGUCAAAGAUUUACAUAAUGAGCGCAAGAUCCUUACAGAUUUAAUCCAAAUGUUAGGUAUAUCUGAAUGCAAUACAAAAGAGAAUGAUAAUUCUUUAAAUAGUCAACAUUUUAAUCAAACAGAAUUAAUACCUCAACUUGAACAAUCUAUAUUACAAAAAUUUUCACCUGUAUUCAAUCGUUUAAUUGUGAAUGGAAUAAGCUUAGAUACAUUUGAAAAUGUUUCUUACGAUUUACAACAACUUAGUGAUAUAGCAUCUUUGUUUUCUAACAUCAGUGAAAAUGACCUUGACUCAUUUGAACAAUUAGCAGAUGAAGUUAAUAGUUUUGCUGAUCACUUACAAAAUAAAGUUUAUCCUCAAAAUAUUGUACAAUAUGAACAAUUAAUGCAAUGUUUACAAACUUUUAUUUUAUAUACUUCAUUGAAAUGUGAACAAAUUGAACGUAAAUGGUUGAAAGAAAUAUCUUUACUAGAUUAAUUUUUUGAUAAAUAUUUUCCUGAAGAUGAACUUUAUUAUCAAUAAAUUUGUUU